AUGGCGGCGGUGGAGUUGGAAGCAACUGAAGAAUGGAUCAGAGACAAGGCCCAAUUGAACAACCAAAGACUGGAUGAAGUGGAGUUUCUCUCAUUGCAGGGAACCUACAGUGACAAAAUUAGCUCUCUUGGAGAUGCUUUUUUGAACUUCAGGAGACUCAAGUCUCUGGAUUUGUCGAGAAAUUCCAUUGUCAGCCUCGGGGGUUUGGAGAAUUUGCAUUCAUUGGAAAAGUUAAAUUUAUAUUAUAAUAAUGUACCAUCUUCAAAGGAGAUUUCCAGCUUGCGUCAUUUAACCAAUUUGAAAGAACUUGACUUGCGCCUGAAUCCAGUUACUAGGAAUGAGGAGAACUACAGACUGUAUAUAAUAUAUCUACUACCAAACUUGAAGAAACUGGAUGAUAGACCUGUGCGGGACAGUGAACGAAAAGCUGCCCAAAUUCAAUUUGUUUCAAGGGAGCAAAAUGAAGAAGCAGACCUAGACAGAGAAGAAGAGAGGAACUAUAUAAAGAAGAACUUUGCAUAUGAGAAAGAUGAACAAAAAUCUGUACAUUCAUCGGUUAAAUACAAGUGGGAUAGUGCGUCAGAUCUUAAAGUUGAUUUGAAAGAACGGUGGGCACCACAUGACUUCCAGCUGACGAGUGAUCGUCAAGAAUCUUUGAGCAGUCGGCCUUCAUUAUCAUCUGUUUAUUCUGGCAGAGACAUGAGGGAAGCAAGAGAAAAUGAUGCAUCGAGCAAAAUGGGUAUAGAUACUAUGGAGAUUGAACCAUCAAGAAGUGGACAAUAUCACAGUUACCUUGAAGAAGACGAUAAUAAAACCUAUCUUUCACCAUCUCGCUCAUCUCUACGUUCUGUUGGAAAGAGUGUUUGUAAUCGACCCAGGGAAGGAUUCAGAGUAACAUUUUCAGAUAAGAUUCUGGAUUCCAAUACUGACGACAGCAAUAUCCAGAAAAGUUUUAUCAAUUCAGAUCUGCAGUAUGACCCUUCUUCAGGGUAUAAUAAGAAAGAAAGCUUGCUUCAGACCAGGGAAAGAAACCUUACAAAAUACACAGAUACUUCUGUGAAAGAUUCUUCAGCAAACAUUGACAUAAACAAUUUUUUGUCACAUGAUUACCACAAGCAAUCAAACAUGGAUACAAAAACAUAUCAAUCUACGCUGGAGCCUCAGAAUUCUUAUUUAAACCGUCAAACGGAUAAACCAAGCAUUGGAACGCACAAUGACAGAUCAUUUAAAACUAAUUCAGACUUGAAAACAAGUAGCACAUAUGGAAUCAGAAAAAAUACCUAUGUAGAUGACGGUGCUAGUAGUCAGAGAUCAAAAAUGACUUCUAGUGGCUUAAUACCACGUCAUGGAACUUCAUCAUCUGACCACUUACUUGAUCGGCAAAGUUUGGUUUCACCUGCCAGUUCUUUCACAUCCCUUUAUUCCAAUAGUUCAAAGAGAGGUUUUAUUGAGCAUAUGAGUACAGAAUUUACAACCAACAAGAACUUGGAGAGACGAUCGCAACUAACCACAGCCAAUGUAGAAAAUUUUGAGUCUAAAUUAGAACCGAAGAAAACAAGCAGUUUAAGUUCACUAUCGUGCAUACAGCCAAGUUACGAUAGGAAGCAAACAGCUCUGAAUAAAUUGCAUGAAGUAGAGGAAUGUGGUGAUUAUCGUUCUCGAACGCCAGUUGGGUUGAGUUGUAGUUUCUCUGCAAGUGUUUCCUCCCUCUUGCUGAACCUACUUGAUCUAGUGGAUCAACAUUGGAAUGGUUUAAGAUCCCUUCAGUCAAACCAGAGAUUUCUUACUCCAGCUCAUGAACUACUGUCCAAUUUGGUUAACUCAGUGUCCGUAUCAAAAAUUCAAAGUCUAGAAAAAAAAGUUAAAGCAUUGACUGAAGAAAACAAAUCUUUGCUGACCAGAACAGGGUUUGGCCUGGACACUGCAGAAUUACAGCGUGUAAAGCAUCAAUUGACUCAGAAACAAGAUGAUCUGGAAAGUUUAAGAGGAAGACUAGCAAAAGUCCUGGAUGAAAACAAUAAGCUGCGUUCUCAACUAACAAGUUUGGAACUUGCUAAUUGUGCUGGAAAUCAACUACAGAACAAGGACUUGCAGAAAGAUAACGAAAGAUUAAAUUUGGAGGUUGAAUACCUAAAUCAGCAAAUAAAGCAAUACAGCAAAUUACAAGAAACUGUCACCAUGUUACAGGAGAGCCACAGAUCUCUAGUAUCUACCAAUAAUUACCUACAGCAGCAGCUGAACGUAAAUAGUGCUGGCCAAAAUAAUGAUGCACCAUAUCAUCUUAAUUCUCAUCGGACGAAAGCAUGGAGUAAACUCCCACCUUCAGAAAUCACAGAAUUGCCCUUAUCAUCCAAGCGUAGCUAUCACAGUACCUCAGAUAUACUGUAA